AUGGCCGAAGCUGCGAUUCGAGCCCGUAAACGCGAUGACGCUUUGGUUAUCUUCGAAGAGAUUUGGCUGGGACGGCGGGCCCAGGCCGCCGAGCGGUUCAAAGGCAAAGUGGCGCUGGUGGAUGCUCUCAACCCGGUGAAGGCUGGUGACACGGUGAUUCUCUUCGAUGGACGUCCUACUUCGAAGUUGGGCCCUAAGGCGUCCGGCCCGUAUGUCGUUAUUCGUUGUGUCGGUAAGCAAUGCUACGAAAUCAGUUCAGAUGGUAGCCGUGAGAAGUCAGCUAUCAUCCAUGAUUCGAGACUACGUAAAUAUGAAGCUUAUAGUGUUUAA